GAUAGGUCAUUCAAGGGAGCUCGGACAUAUAAAUUACAAUAAUGAUUUUCUGCUUUGUUUAUAAAUAUAGAUGAAGUACUUUUUUUUAAAAAUUCCGUGAUAUAAAUCAAAUGUGAGAUCCACCGAAAAGAUUUAUCACGACCAGUAAAUAACGUAACAGCUGUAUGCAACAUUGCUGUUCAUCUCCGUAAAAUCAACAACAACAUCAGAAAGUGCAUUCAAUUCACCGUCAAACUUCCGUCUCGCCCUACAAAUGGUUCAUUUCCACGUCAAACACAUCAGAAUGGACAAAUUCAAACUCGUGUUUUCCGUGACGUUAUUCGUCUCCAUGAUGGCUUUGAUCUGCUUCUGUAUCUCCACCGUCAACGAUACGCUUCAAAAACUCGAGGUCUACCGGCAGCAGUACCACGGAUCCGGCUGGGACUUCCACCGGAAGGUCUUCUGGUCAGACUCGGAGACCAAAGAGGGAACACACCUGAGCGGGGAGGCGUCCGACUACGACGCGGCCAAUUUCGAAAAAGAAUACAAACUAGCCGCUUCUAAACUUAACAUUGAAAUUCCGGAAAACGAAGAAAAAAUAUCCCGACUCCCGCAUUGUAUUAUCGUUGGUGUUUCGAAAUGUGGGACGCGCGCGCUUUUGGAGUACCUGGAUUUGAACCCAUACGUCACGGCUGUACCUCGCGAAAUAAAUUUCUUCAACAACGACUCGUUGUACAAAAACGGAUUAGAGUGGUAUCGACAGGAAAUGCCGGCGUCCUACUCGAACCAAAUCACAAUCGAGAAGAGUCCGGACUACUUCGAGUGCCCAGAGUGCCCGCGGAGGAUUAGCGCCAUGAAUAAGACGAUUAAGCUAAUCAUCCUCCUGCGAGAUCCCGUGGAGCGUCUCAUCUCCCAGUACAUGCAGUUCGUGGACAAGUACCAAAACACAGACCGGAAGUUGCCUCCCUUUGAACAGUGGGUGCGGGAUCCCAAAACGGGAGAGCUUAACACGAGAAUACCUUCGCUACAGGUGAGCAUCUACGCCGAUCAUAUCCAUAACUGGUACUCGUAUUUCCCGCGCAAGCAAAUUCUUAUCGUGGACAGCCAUAAGUUAACCAAAAGUCCGUUGACCGAACUGGCGAAGGUCGAGUCAUUCCUCGGCCUUGACCCAUUUCUCUCGGAAAAAGACAUAUAUUUCAACGAAACGAAAGGGUUUCACUGCUUAAGGAAUCGCUACACCGGGAAAACCCGUUGUUUAGGACGCACCAAAGGUAGGCCUCACAUCGAGGUGCAGAAAGAAGUUCUACACGCACUGUACAAUUUUUACAACCCACACAACGAAAGGUUGAAAAAUUUACUCGGCUACUGGAUGUCCUGGUUUUGAUGUUCGUGUUGUUACAUGAGGAUAUUGUGGUGAAGGUUUUGAUGUUCGUGUUGUUACAUGAGGAUAUUGUGGUGAAGGUUUUGAUGUUCGUGUUGUUACAUGAGGAUAUUGUGAUGAAGGUUUUGAUGUUCGUGUUGUUACAUGAGGAUAUUGUGGUGAAGGUUUUGAUGUUCGUGUUGUUACAUGAGGAUA